AACCGUCACUUUUCGUUCCCACAACCCUGUGCACAGUUUCAUGUGCUUGAAAGGCAUGGCGGUGUUGUUCGUCGGGUCUAUUUUUGUACUUUCCGAGUCGUGAUUUUGUUGCGUUUAGGCGAGAAAAAUCUCCUUUGUCGGUUAACCGCUUUUCCACGCUUUCGGACCAGUCUCAGCAGCAAACAUCAAGGGCUCGCUUUCUGUGUUCAUUGCGCUUUAAAGGGUUCAGCGCUUGUCGAAAGAUAAGCAGCGUAUGAAGCUGGGCUUCGUUUGACCACUUUCUCCCUCGGCUCGUUCUGUACGUCGUUCGAUUGCGUUUGGUGGUUUCAAGACGUCGCAUAUUUGAAUCAACGCCAAGAAAGGGUCAUGGCAGUCCAAAUACAGACGUCCGAGGUGUCCGUCUCGGCUGUGUGCCCGGCGGAAGAUGCUACCGAGGAAUGUGUUCCUAAUUUGGAAAGGGAGUCUGCCGACGAACAGACGGAAAUGCACCCAACGGAAGACGAUUCUUCAGCGGUCGAUGACCCAGAUGUCUCGGAGGAUGCAGAGCCAAGGGGCGAUUCCAGUCUGCCCAACGGGGAAGUAGAAGCUGCAGAGGCUGCAGCGACCCACCCUGUGGUGAGGGACCCAUCUGUGGAGAAGCUCAUGUGCUCGUUCAGCAACACGGCGCAGCACAUGAAGCAGGAGAUCAUGGAGGCCCUCAAGUCGAGGCUGGACACGGUGAACAGCGUGACCGAAGGCAAUCCCGCCGAGGAAGAUGCCAUCAAAAAGCUCGCUGUGCUUAAGCUUGCCAUUCAGAAGAGUGCCAGUGAAGCAGCCUCGUCAUCGAAGCCUGCCUGCAGCAGCACUGCCAGGGCGGUGGAAGGGACGCGGAAGAGCCCUUCUCCCCUGCAGGAGAGGCUUUCUGCGGAGAGGUCCCCGCCCCCUGCUGUCGCGGCAGCAGCCAAGAGUGUUCCUAAAGCCCCCUCUCCAGAGAAGCAACAGCCAGCGCAGAAUGCACAUGUUCCUGAACAACCUGCGAGCCCCUGCUGCGGAAUGCGGAGGUCCCUAAACCGCAAGGCAGCGACGCAGGAAACUAACAGCGCCGCAGGAUCAAAGCGCAAGGGAGACCGGGCUGUGGAGAAUGUGCUGAAGUUCCUGGAGCCCCACGAGACGGCGGAGGAGAAGCUGGGGGCCCUUCUGCAGCACUACCUGGGCUUUCAGGAAAGCUGGUGGCACACGCAGGGGAACCUGCAGCGGGCAGAACGCCAGGUGCGCCAGCUGUCGCGGGAGAAGGAGCAGCUGCAGGGCGAGUGCAACCGCGCCCUGCUGGCCAAGAGCAAGCUGGAGGGGCUCUGCCGGGAGCUCCAGAGGCAGGGCAAGCUCAUCAAGGAAGAGUGCAUGCUGAGGAUCCGGGAGGAAGAGGAGAAAAGGAAGGAAGUGGCCGGCAAGUUCCAGGCAACCCUGAUGGACAUCACUGCGGUGCUGGAGGAGAACCAGACGCGCAGCCUCCAGCUCAAGAACGAGAACUCUGACCUCGUGCAGAAGCUCAAGUCCCUUAUCGACCACUACGACCUCUGGGAGAAGAACGUGGACAAGGUGGUGCAGCAGAAGGAGCUGCAGGUUCAGGUGGCCACGACGCACCUGCAGCGGGCCCAGACGCAGCUGCAGCAGGAGCGGCAGCAGUUCCUGCGGGAGAAACAGGCGGUGCUGCAGCAAGUAGCGGACUCCCAGCGGCAGGCGUGCGAGCAGGCCGCGCGGGAGGCCCACUUGCGCCAGGAGCUGUGCCUCUACACCAGCAAGUACGAGGAGUUCCAGGGGGCCCUCUCCCAGAGCAACCAGGUCUUCCGCUCCUUCAAGGCAGACAUGGACAAGAUGUCUAAGAAGAUCAAGAAACUGGAGAAGGAGACCGUGCAGUGGAAAACGCGUUGGGAAAGCAGCAACGCUGCCCUCGUCGACCUCAGUACAGAGAAACAAAAGCGGGACAAAGACCUGGUGGCGGCUCAGCAGCGGGUCAUCACCCUGGAGAAGUUGUGCCGUGCCUUGCAGCUCGAGAGGAACCAACUCAGCCAGAAGGUCAAGGGGGGAGACGCACCCGCCACAGGUGCAGCCGAAGUCGUGGAGCAACAAGCAGAAAGUUGUGAAGUCUCGCACUAGGAGCAGUGGAAGUAGUACGCCCGCGUUUUGUACGAGCGGCUAGUCACCACUCUCAAUAGGAUGCCCCUGCUCACCGGAACAGCAGCAGCAGGGACCCCCUCUUUGUACCUUGGCCACAUCUCUCACACACAUUAUUUAAGACUUCUGUAACAAAUAGUGCGUCAGUACAAACCCCUACAAAGUAUUUGAAUAAAAGGAAUGCGAAGUUCUGAAUGAAAAAA